AUGUCAUCUUCUCCCUCUUCCACAACUCCCCAACCUUCCAGAGAGAACUUAUUUUCAAAGGAAGAGAAUAUUGAAGUAGAGCUUGAGAAAGACAGUCCACAGGAUGAGUCUUUACCUACUGAAAAGGAGAAAUCGCUGGAGAAGGGAGAGCCUCUUGCCGAUGAAGAGCAUCUCAAGGAUGAAGAUGUUCAUGAGAAUGAAGAGUCUUUAGGAGCUGAAGACUCUCUAGGAGACGAAGACUCUCUAGGAGAUGAAUCUCCAGGAGAUAACACAUUUCUUGAAAAGCUUCUUGAAGGUGAAGAGCUUCUUGAAGAUGAAGAACUUCUUGAAGGUGAAGAGCUUGAAGAUGAAGAACUUCUUGAAGAUAAAGAGCUUCUUGGAGAUGAAGAACCUGAAGAUGAUGCCUAUCUUGAGGAAGAAGAUGAUCUCAGAGUCAGAGAGCAUCUAAGGAACAUAGAGCAUCUGGAGAUCAUAGAAAUUUUGAAGGAUGAAGAACUUCUAAAGGAGGAAGAGCUUUUGCAAAAGGAAAAGCCUAUGGGAAAGAAACACCGUCUGAAGGAGAGAAAAAAACAUCCAAAGAAGAAUCUGGAAGAGGAAGAGUAUCUGGAGAAGGAAAAGUAUCUGCAAAGAAGCAAGUAUCCAUUCAAAGGCAAAUAUAUGAAGGAGGAAGAGGAUAGAAAAGAAGACAUUGAAAAGAUUAUUAAAAGGGAAUUCAGGAUGCAUCCUUCAAAAAUCACACCAAGCUUCUCAGGAGCCAGCACCUCUCAGGGAGCAAUGUUCCGUUCUAAACUGCUUUCUCAAGUCUCUUCUCUUUCUGACCUGGACUUUUCCGAAAUUGAUUCUUCCCUGGAUAUUCGCCCCUCUGGGAUGACACAAACUCACUCCCUAAGACACCAGGCCAGUCAGACGACAUGGGCCUACAAGAAGUCUGCCUUGGACUCUGCUGCUCAAAGAAGCUUCUGGAGCAUCUUAAUGAGUGAGCCUGUAGACAGUAAGGAGAGUGAGCAGUACAGUGAGAAAUUUUCAAACAUCCCUUAUACAACGUUUCAAGUCAGUGAAAUGGUAUCUCCCAGUGAAGUGGACGAUUUCACUGACAGUUCUCUGAAUAAGCAGAUAGAGAGUGAAAGCAAAAAGAAGCAGAAAAAGCAGAUGAAGAAACAUCUUGAGUACAGAGACUCAGUCUCAGUGUCGGUGAAGCCAGAAGCUCUCGAGUUCACCACUUAUUCAUAUAGUGUAUCAUAUGAAACAACCCUGGAGGCUGAAACAAAACGCAAGGAGAAGUUGGAGAUGGAAAAAAGGAAUACUGAGCUUCAGAAUAAACUAGAACUAGAUACAGAGUGGAUGCAGAAGAUGGCGAAGAUGCAUCAAGGUGAUGGCCUAUUACUUCUCUAUCCCAAUAAGAAUGCCUUCAAAGUUCUCUUUCCUGAUGGGACAGGCCAGAUCUACUAUCCUUCAGGAAAUCUAGCCAUGCUCAUCUCCUGUACAGAUGUUGCAAUAUUCACAUACAUUGUUCUAGAAGACAGUAAAAAUGCAGUUAUCCGGGCCCUCAUCAACAACAUUGGCCAUGCAACAUUCUACGAUAGAUAUGGGAAGGUCUGGUCCACCUUGAGCUUCAAUCUGGGAUACUACUUCCUGGAAGGCAAGCGCCAGAAGGCCUGGAACUGGUGGGACAUAGGCAUGCACUCCCACGCACCACCCGUUCGACCUAUCACCUUGAAGCUCAACCACUACAUUCAAGUAGAGAUAAGGAGGCAGGAUAUGAUCAUCUUUGGCUUUGUCCACAAAAAGAAGCACAUUUAUUUACAUCUGGGCACCAAGUACAAGUUCGUAGACUCCGAUGUGCUGGGGGAGAUGAAGGGGAAAGCAGUUCUGGAGGUAGAACCUGGCCAAGCAGUUCGGAAGAUCCAGAUCCUUCUUGAAAAAAUAAGUCGAAUCCUGAAAUUUUUGGCCAUUCCUGAUUUGGAAAUGUUCAUAAGGCAAGCCAAGAUAUUACUAAUGAAGAUCAUGUAUCCAAGGAGGAAAAAAUUUAAAAUCUGA